UUUCUGCAAAAUAAGAACAGUUGUCCAGUUCGAUGGUUACGGGUAUGAAUGUGCGAGGCGACAGUGAGCGCGUUUUUGUUGUUUUGCGGAAAAUUCACAUAAAUCGACGUGAUUUCACCACGAAUUAUGAUGCCGAUUAACUGAUUUAUUUACUGGCAGAUAUGAAGAAACUCAUUGCCCUUCCAUCAUGCAACCAAACGCUUCUUCUCCUUUGGAUUUCCUCCGGAUUGUUACCGAUUGUGUUCGGAACAUAUCAAGUAGGAGUUGGUCGGGCUGAUAUGACUGGACCUUCAGCAGAAAUCACUCUUAUGGGAUAUGCAAAACUAACGCAAAAAGGCUGCGGAAUCCACUUGAGGCAAUUUGCCCGAGCCUUUAUUUUUGACGAUGGCACCACAAGAGUUGUCUUCGUAUCUGCUGAUGCCUGCAUGAUCUCCCAUGGACUCAAAAAUGCAGUGAUGGAGAAGCUGGAAACUAAAUACAACUCUACUUAUACGUUCGAAAAUUUCAUUUUGAGCGGAACUCACACUCAUGGAGCACCUGGAGGAUUUCUCAUGGAUGUUUUGUACGAUAUCACUCAACUGGGAUAUUGCAAGGAGACUUUGAAUGCUUAUGCCAAUGGAAUUUUUCUUGCCAUUCAGAGAGCUCACGAAAACAUCGUGGAAGCGCGAGUUUUCAUUAACUCCGUAGACGUUGUAAAUGCCAACAUAAAUCGCAGUCCUGCAUCAUACGAAAAGAAUCCUCAAGAAGAAAGAGACAAAUACGACUACAAUACUGACAAAACAUUGAGGCAGCUGAAAAUCACUCGUUCUUCAGACAAUGUGGUAAUUGGAGCCAUUAACUGGUAUGCUGUCCAUGCUGUUUCAGUCAAUAACACCAAUUGUUUGGUAACAGCUGAUAAUGUGGGGCAUGCUUCUAUUCUAUUGGAGGCUGAAUACAAUCCCAACAGCGUGAUAGGACAGGGCAGCUUUGUUGGAGCGUUUGCUUCGAGUAAUCUGGGCGAUGUUUCUCCCAACUUAAAAGGGCCGAUUUGCGUGAAUACCGGAGAAGAAUGCGACUAUCAAACCAGUACUUGCAAUGGGGAAAACAAGUACUGUAUUGCCAUGGGCCCGGGCGAUGAUAUGUAUGAGAGUGAGGAAAUUAUUGCAACUCGUCUAUUUGGGAAAGCCAAGGAACUACUGUUAAAUGAAACAUCCCAAGAAGUAACUGGACCAAUCAAGUACAUUCAUCAAUGGGUGGAAAUGGCUAAUCAAACCGCUCAGAUUCAGAACGCAAAUGGAACAAUCGAGACUGUGCACGGUUGUCUUCCGGCGAUGGGUUACGCAUUUGCAGCUGGCACAACCGACGGUCCAGGAGAAUUCGACUUCAAACAGGCCCAAAUCACUGAUAAUCCCUUUUGGAAUCUGAUACGGGACUUCAUUUUUCCGCCCGAACCCCAAGAUAUUGAGUGCCAUUAUCCGAAGCCCAUUCUAAUGAACACCGGGCGGUUGACUGUGCCAUACUCCUGGCAGCCAAAGAUAGUUUCCACGCAGAUUCUUCUGCUGGGAAACUUUGCCAUGAUUGCUGUUCCAGGGGAAUUUACCACCAUGUCUGGCAGAAGACUUCGAGACACCGUAAAAACCGCUCUUAUUUCCAGCGGCGGCGAUCCGACCACCGAAGUGGUGCUGACUGGACUCAGCAACACCUAUACUAGCUACAUUGCCACGUUCGAGGAAUAUCAGCUUCAGAGAUAUGAAGGAGCCGCCACUAUUUUCGGGCCGCACACCUUGCAAAUCUACCAGUCGAUAUACAAGAAUCUUGCGGAAGCGAUUAUACAGGAUAGGAAAGUGGCUGCUGGUCCGUUACCCGAGGAUUUAUCCAAGAAGAAUCUGCUGUCGCUGAUCACUCCGGUUAUUUUCGAUACGGCCGGCUGGUUUUGGAACUUUGGCGAUGUCACUCAACAACCCCCAGAUGCGGCGAAAAUUGGUGAUUCUGUUUCAGUCAAAUUUAUCGCAGGACAUCCGAGAAACGACCUAAUGAGCGAGAAGACUUUCCUGACAGUGGAAAAGCAGAAUGGUGCCAAUAAUUGGACUGUGAUGGCAACUGAUGCCAAUUUUGAAACAAAGUUUAUAUGGAAAAGAACCAAUGUGAUCAAGGGUGGAAGUGAGGUAGAAAUUCGGUGGCUGAUUCGAGACAAUGUGGAGCCAGGAACGUACCGAAUAAGCCAUUUUGGGAAUUUCAAAUAUAUCCUAGGUGGAAUCUAUCCAUACAAGGGAACGAGCAAAAGCUUUGUGGUGACCAAAUCAUGAUUAAAGUGCCUUUGGUAGGCAAUCAAGUCUUUAACGAGUGCCAUUGUAGGUGUUAUGGAAAAUCUUGCCAAAUAAAAACCAAAACUGACUCUGAAAAA